GGGAGGCAGGCAGGAGAAGCUGGAGAUGGGGACAAGGAGACACCAGGAUGGGGUGGUUGGAAAGGGGACAGGGACCAGGAGGAGGAGGAGAGGGAGGGCAGUGAGAGAGACCAACCGUUGAGAAGCGGGGAGUGUGGGAUGAGGGAGGAGAAGCACUGACCCUGCAGUUCUGCUUCUGGCCUCCUAGGGUGGGAAGAAGCUGCGUUUCCAGGUCCUCUGACCCUGCCCUGUUGAUGCCUGCCUUCCUUUCUGGAGCCCCACCUGCCAGCCCUGGAGCUGCAGAGGAGGGGGCUGUGGGCCUGUCUGGGAGUGAGGCCAGACAGGGUUUGGGGCUGGGCCGGAGAGGCCGUCCUCACCCCGCCCUGUAACCGAUCACAUUCCCUUAAGAUGGGAACCCUUCUCCGCUGGUGCCCUCUGGCCUCUGUUCCCUCCUCCUGGGCCCUGGACCUGAUCCCAGAAGCCCCUCUGGCUCCCUCUUUGUAGGGCCGCAGCCUCUGCCUGUCCUUGUCGAGCAGCCCCGGGCCCCCGGCUCCAGAGCCUGGGCCCCCCCUCAGAGGCCCUGUGGCCCUGCUCCCUGCAGCCCCCUCCCUCAAUAGUCAGACAUUCUCUUCUCACCAUCACUGUCCCUGCAGCUGCCCAAAUAGAGGGAGAAGAAAACGUUCUCUUUCCGGAACAGCUGGACUGACAGGCCGGGAUGGCCAGGUGGCUCGAGGCAGCCGGGAUGACAGCUCUCCCCAGGAACCCUGCUGCCUGAGAAACAUGGUCAGCAAGUCCCCUCCUCUGUGCAUGUGCCCUGCAGGCUGGAAGCUCCUGGCCAUGCUGGCUCUGGUCCUGGCUGUCAUGGUGUGGUAUUCCAUCUCCCGGGAAGACAGGUACAUUGAGCUUUUUUAUUUUCCCAUCCCAGAGAAGAAAGAGCCAUGCCUCCAGGGUGAGGCGGAGAGGAAGGCCUCUAAGCUCUUCGGCAACUACUCCCGAGAACAGCCCAUCUUCCUGCAGCUUAAGGAUUAUUUCUGGGUCAAGACACCAUCUGCCUAUGAGCUGCCCUUUGGGACCAAGGGGAGUGAAGACCUGCUUCUCCGGGUUCUAGCCAUCACCAGCUACUCCAUUCCGGAGAGCAUCCAGAGCCUCAAGUGUCGCCGCUGCGUGGUGGUGGGCAACGGACAUCGGCUGCGGAACAGCUCGCUGGGCGAAGCCAUCAACAAAUAUGACGUGGUCAUCAGGUUAAACAACGCCCCCGUGGCCGGCUACGAGGGUGACGUGGGCUCUAAGACCACCAUGCGCCUCUUCUACCCUGAAUCCGCCCACUUCAACCCCAAAGUGGAGAACAACCCGGACACACUCCUCGUCCUGGUAGCUUUCAAGGCCAUGGACUUCCACUGGAUUGAGACCAUCCUGAGUGAUAAGAAGCGGGUGCGGAAGGGCUUCUGGAAACAGCCUCCCCUCAUCUGGGACGUCAACCCCAAACAGAUUCGGAUUCUCAAUCCCUUCUUUAUGGAGAUUGCAGCUGACAAACUGCUGAGCCUACCAAUGCAACAGCCUCGCAAGAUUAAGCAGAAGCCCACCACGGGCCUGCUGGCCAUCACCCUGGCCCUCCACCUCUGCGACUUGGUGCACAUUGCCGGCUUCGGCUACCCAGACGCCCACAACAAGAAGCAGACCAUUCACUACUAUGAGCAGAUCACGCUCAAGUCCAUGGCGGGGUCAGGCCACAAUGUCUCCCAGGAAGCCCUGGCCAUCAAGCGGAUGCUGGAGAUUGGAGCGGUCAAGAACCUCACUUACUUCUGACUUGGGCAGGAGCUGAACCCGUCCUGCUCCCGUGCUGAGCGGCCCCCAUCCGUGGCUGUGGGGGUGCCUGGUGCCAGCAUGACCUGCUCAGACUCACCCUCCCCUGUGUGGGGAGGAGGCCAGGUCUGAGAUGAGGCCGUGCCCCUGGCUGCUCUGGUGGAGGCCGGAUCCAGUCAGGGUGGAGGCCCGGGGCAGCAGGAGCCCAGCCAAGGCCUGGGGCUGGCUGCUGUGGCACUCCCUCUCUGCCAGGGCCAGGAGAUUAUUUAAUGGGCUAUUUAAUUAAGGGUAGGAACGUGCUGUGGGCUGGUCCUAUGGCAUCCAGAAAAGGGGGCAUCGUACAGUGUUCUGCCCACUUUUAUAAAAACAAAAAUGAUGGACCUUCUAGGGCCUAGACCCAGAGCAGGCCUCCCAGGAGGGUGAGGGCGUCUGGAGCGGGCGGUACCCGGAGUGGGUGGUGCCCUUCAGAGAGGGGCUGCUCCCUCCCAGCAGGCAUGGGGAGAGCACUGGCAUAAGGGUUCCAUGCAGAAGGGGAAGACAUCUAGAAAAGAGGUUACAGACUUAUCAUUAAACUAUUUUUCCUAAAACAGAA